CGUUUACAAAUCAUACAAUGUAUGCCGAGUGUGCGGGGUGCGUGUGCAUCGUUGUAGCGCAACGAUAAGGCAUUCCGCAUAAGAAUAACAGAGAAGCUAGGUCAGGCCACAGUUGCGGUGGGGAUUAAUUCAGUAAAAGAAUAGUCAUAAUAAGAAGGAGGCACCUCAGUAAUUAGAUAAAAAUACAUAUUCUCGCGAGGUAUAUUUAAUUGCCGCUUGCACGUAUACUCUGAAUUGUUCAUAUAGGUUAGAAUCAGGGUAGUGUACUUUGUUGAUAUACUACGGCUGUGUAAAUUUGUUAUGUAAAAUUUGUCCUGCCAAUUGUCAUGGAGUGGAAAACGGUGAUAACCACAAUCGCGGUAGUGAGCCUGUGCUUCUUGGCAAUACCGAUCAAGAUCGAGCCCGACAACACCGAAAGCGACCUAAAAUUGUUCAAGACUUAUGUUGAAAAAUUUAAGAAAUCUUAUACACGAUCACCUGCAGAGUACGAGGAAAGGUUUCGCAAGUUUCAGAGAUCCCUUCGACAUAUCGAGGAGAUGAACGCCAAGCGAACAUCGAAAGAAAGUGCGAGAUACGGGGUUACAGAAUUUUCCGACUUGUCUGAGGACGAGUUUGCGAGCUCUUAUUUACGCCCUGAUUUGUCCUCGCGUGGAAUGCGGCAUCUCCAUCACUCGCAUCAUCACUCGCACCGUCACAAUCGGGAUGAUACUAAAGAUGGUCGAGCCGACAGCAGUGAGAAGAACAGAUUGCGGAGAUCUACUACCGGGUUACCGGUAAAAUUCGACUGGAGAGAAACGGGAUUCGUAACUCCAGUUCGAAACCAAAUGAACUGCGGUGCUUGCUGGGCAUUCAGCACUGUCGAAGUCGCCGAAACGAUGUUUGCGAUUAAUAAUGGCACGUUGCACACGCUUAGUGUUCAAGAGAUGAUUGAUUGCGCUGGAAACAGUAACUUCGGUUGUAACGGCGGUGAUAUUUGCAGUCUGUUGAUGUGGUUGACGGUAACGCGGGUUAAAAUCAAGGCGGAAACCGCGUACCCGAUGACGUGGAGAACGGACAGCUGCCAAUUGAAAAAGGAAGAUUUGUCAUCCGCGGGCACAUUUGGCGUGCAGAUUAUAGAUUUCACAUGCGACAAUUUCGUAGACGCCGAAGAAUCGCUGAUGGCAACCCUUGUCAGUCAUGGUCCAGUCGCUGCAGCAGUGAAUGCUUUAUCGUGGCAAAAUUACCUGGGAGGUAUAAUUCAAUUCCACUGUGACGGCGGAUUCAAAAGUCUAAAUCACGCGGUUGAGAUCGUGGGCUACGAUUUGAGCGCCUCGGUGCCUUUUUAUAUUGUCAGAAAUUCUUGGGGUGAGAAUUUCGGGGAUAAUGGUUACCUGUACCUUGCAGCUUACGGUAAUCUCUGCGGUAUUGCCAACCAAGUGUCGUCGUUGGACGUCGCGUAGAUGGGAAAAGUUGUGUUACCCUUCCUUUUAAUAUUUAUACUACGUAUGUGUUUAUGCAACAUACUGUUUCAUGAAACACGUUGUGGCUGCAAGUGUUACAUUCGUUUGUUUAAAAUUUUUUGUGAGAAGUGGGGAAAAAACUUCACACAUUCCUAUGUGCAGUUUCCGCGAAUAACAUUUUAAUAUGCAAUAUAAGCACAUAGACGGUAUACACGUUAUAUUUUUAUCCUUUUUUAAUUUUAUAAAUAUGGUUACAUGUGUAUAAUAUUCGCAAUAAUCAAUAACUUCAACAAGUAACACAGGACUCUUAAUAUAAGUACGUUCGUAUACGUACGACAGUAUUAGCGUACCACUGCUGCUAGGAAAUUAUAUACCUAUUAAAAUUAAUUAACUUGUCGAUUAUACAUUCGAAAUCAAACAUAUCACUUAUAGUUGUACAAAGAGUAUUCAAAUGCCGGAUGGCUAUGGACUUAUAAUCUGAAAAUAACUUUAAUUUCCAU